CGUGUCCACCGCAGACAGACGCCGCCGCGGGGGGCCUGGGCGCAGCCAUGAAGUUUCGGGCCAAGAUCGUCGACGCGGCCUGUUUGAACCACUUCACGCGAGUUAGUAACAUGAUAGCCAAGCUUGCCAAAACCUGUACCCUCCGCAUCAGCCCCGAUAAGCUGAACUUCAUCCUUUCUGACAAGCUGGCCAGUGGAGGGGCGAGCAUGUGGUGUGAGCUGGAACAGGAGAACUUUUUCAGUGAAUUUCAGAUGGAAGGUGUCUCGGCAGAAAACAAUGAGAUUUAUUUAGAGCUAACAUCGGAAAACUUAUCUCGAGCCUUGAAAACUGCCCAGAAUGCCAGAGCCUUGAAAAUAAAACUGACUAAUAAACACUUUCCCUGUCUCACAGUCUCUGUAGAGCUGUCGUCUCUAUCAAACAGUAGUCGCACUGUGACACAUGACAUCCCCAUAAAGGUUAUUCCUAGAAAAUUGUGGAAGGACUUACAAGAACCCGUGGUCCCAGACCCUGAUGUUAGUAUUAAUUUGCCAGUCUUGAAGACUAUGAAGAGUGUUGUGGAGAAAAUGAAAAACAUCAGUAAUCACCUUAUAUUGUGCAUAACAAGAUCGUUCACUUUGAUUUGCUUCACGAGGAUGUCUCCCUUCAGUACUUCAUCCCGGCCUUGUCCUAGCACCACCUCACUGGACUUGGGAGCCCAGCGACCUUGUCAUGAUGGGGUUAGCAGUAGGGGUAUGUGUUCCCUGUCAUUUGUGUCCUCACAGCACCGCAGGUCUGUGUACUGUAUGCGUUUCUCCUCUGUAACAGUUCAACUAAAAAUAGAGGGAUUGAAACACUUUUGGAUGAACAUGUUAUUUCAUAUUACUCAUGUCUGUUGUUUUGCUUGCAAGACAUGGAAAAGGUAGAAGUUAUUUAUCCAGACGUUCCGUACCAGCUUCUCGUUGAAGGUGAGCACGUCCUCGGGUACCGAGACUUGGUGUAGGGGUCAGAAUUUGCAAAAGCGGUGCCUAGGGGACCUGGCCUGCCUCCAGCUCAGCGCAUCAUGCCGCACAGUCGCUGGCCCUUGUGUUUCUGUGUGCUCACCGCUCCUUGCUCCUGUCCCUCGGAGCCCAGUGGCACAAAGGAUGGCCCCUUUGUCAGCAUAUUGACUGCCUUGGGGACUCAGAGUACUGUGGAGUGUCACAGCUGCAGCGCUUGGAGCCUCUGUCCGACUCCCUGGAGACACAAGCCCUUUCCCUAUGAUGCUUGGAGAGCUGGCCCAGCAGCAGAGUUUCUGCCCCUGGAGGCGUCCUGCCACUCCUCUUGGUUUCACCCUGCGCCAGCUCAGAUCUAGGUGAUAAUUCCUUAUGGUUCUUUCUUCCACAAUGGAAAGCAUACCUUUGUAUUUAGAGUGGAAACAAACAACUUGUAAGCUAGGUCUGUGUGAAGGGGAGAUACCACGUUUCUGUUUGUACGUCAGAGCUGUUCAGUGCGGGUGGAUGCAUUCUCCCAUUCUCCCUGAAGCACCUGCCACCACAGUUGCUACUGUCACUGACUCUCAUUUGUCCUGUGUGGUGGAACGUAAAUACAUUAUCUUAAUGUCACCUUACAAAGUUGAGACCGACAUUGCUUGGAAUAAGAUGAAGAAAUGGAAAAUCAGCAAAAAUGAAAAUUUCUUUUUUGGCUUUUUCAUAUUAUUUGGUAAAACCAAUGUAUUUGAAUGACCCAUCUGAUGUUUAACAAUGUUAGUUUAAAUAGGAUGUAACAUUAUCCAUUGCCAUGUCCAUUUAAAUAGUCCUCAGUUACAGCUCUCAUUUUUCAAAAUAAAGAUCUUUGAAAAUGUACUCACACAAAGCAAAAUAUUACUAAAUAUUUUAUUAACUUGAUAACCCAUGGACAUCAAUGGUAACAUUAUGGGAAAAUAGUUAAUAUAAAACAGUACAAAAGUAUUACAGACAGUAGCUUAUCAAUGUCAUCUUAAUUGCACUAGUGGAAUUUCCUCACAUAGUAACCUUUAUUCGUGAAAUGAUUUCAUUCACAAAAAUAUUAUUCUUUGCCAUCACCUCAGCUUUAAGCUGUUUGGACUUCAUUGUAAUGUUUUCAGUAAAGGGCACUUGCUUCACCCCGGAUAGAAACUCCUGAAUAAUUUUUUCACCUUGCUGUCUUGCCAGAUAGCUCUUUGCUGCUGGUUCAAUUUCAUCUUAUCCUUAUGAUUCUCCAAUAUUCUGAAACUCCUCCAGUUCCGGGGUUUUUGUUUAGCACACUGUAUUCCAUGCCUAGAGACGUUAGUGAGCUCUGCAGUGUGAAUCCCACAACUUUGAUCAUAGACACCUUUCUCCAUCUGAUAAGGCAUAGUUAAGGUCUCUGCAGUGGUUAGUGCUGUGACAUGUGGAUUAUUAACCGUUGGUAUCUGAUUGGUCAAGGCAGUAUGUUCAUGAAAAUGGGUUGCAAACACGUGAAAAAGCACCAAUCUUUGUUGCAGUGUAAUCUGGUAUAGCCCAUGCUAACCCAUCAUAGGUAGAGGUUCCUCUUCCCAAUUCAUCUGUGAUUAUUAAAGGAUCUUUGGUUGCAAACCUGAGGGUAGAAGUAAUUUCCAACAUUUCAGUCAUGAAUGUAGAGACUCCUUUCAAUUUACUGUCUCCCCUACCCAAGCCAAGAUGCAGUCCACAAUGGAUGCUUCUGCUGACUCACAUGGCACAAAACACCCAUUUGGGCCGUGAGUACUAACAUCCCAGUUUGGCAAAUAUACAUAGAUUUACCUCUCAUACUGGGGCCAGUAAUAAUGUGGAACAUCUGUUUAUCUUUUUCAGAACAUACAUCAUUAAGAAUAAACGCAACUU